CACUAUUAAUCACAAUGCCUUUGGGUACAGCUAGCUAAUUGCAUCGUCAAAGCAAAAUCCUUUGUGAGAAAUCAGAACUUCCUAUAUCUGAUUUCACGCUUGUCACUGAACUAUGGCUUCCAUGCAAGACCCAUCAUCUCCUUUGAGACUUCUCGUGGACAGAGAAAGAAACAGAGUGGUUGUGGCCGAAGCAAGUGGAGAUUUCGUGAACGCUCUCCUCAGUUUCUUAACCCUUCCUUUGGGAACCAUCAUUCGGCUUCUUUCCAACAAGCAAAAGCAACAACCAAUAGAGGUGGGCUGCAUUAACAACCUCUACCAAAGUGUCCAAAAUUUCGACACUCAGGUUUUUUGGAAUGGAACCUGCAAGAAAAUGUUGUUGUGGCCGCGUAACCCGUGCGAAAAGCUUUGCCAGAAACUAAAAUUUAACGUGGAUGACACAGAGCCCACCAAGUAUAUGAUGUGUGGCUCCUGUGGAGGGGGUAACCGGACACUGCUGAGUACUUUUGCGGGAGUAAGCUGCUCAUGUGGGAAACUGAUGGACAAGGAGAUGAAGUUGGAGGGGGAGGAAAAUAAUUCCAAAGGAGAAGAUGGUGUUUUUGUUAGAGGGGACACUAUGUAUUUGAUCUUUGAUGAUUUAAGGGUUCUUGAGAACUUUCCAGGAAACACUGUUCAUUAUCUUGUCCAACGUGGCCAUACAGACCUCACUAAGCUCACCGAAGUCGCCCCAAACGUUGGCUUAAACCAGAUUAUGGACUUGAUGAAGCGGGCCUUGAUCUCGAAAUCUCCUCUCAGUGACGUAUUCUUGACUUGGGAAGAUGGUGGAUCUGACCCUGUGUCCUCUUUCAGACCGAUACUAGCUCCAUCACAGUUCGGACGGGCAUCUAACCCCACCAUGUCCUUUUUCGGUGUGCAUGGGAAUGAUUCCUCAUUAAUGCUGAAGGUAACGUCGAGCAAGUCGAGGAACAAAAUCCUCUAUGCUGAAGCAGAGGGAGAUUUCGCUGAUUUUCUAUUCAGCUUCCUCGCCAUGCCUCUUGGGGCUAUUCUCAAGAUUUUAGGAGGCAAUGAUUUUAAACUGGGAUCUAUGCAUAAUCUUUACAAUAGUGUCAAGGGUCUGAGCACAUGGUACACAAGUUGGAGUAACAAUUAUAGCUCUCCAUACACUCCUUUACUGGAUCUGAAGGUGGCUCCUCAAUAUGGUUGUAUAAGGCAGCCAUUAAUGCUCCAGGAAGAAAAAACUCCUACUUACUGGUAUGGUACUGGUGUGAUCCGAAAUAUGAUGUGUUAUGCGAACAAAAAUGGGGUAAUUUCAAAGGAGCGCCACCAGAUAGCGGACGCAUCUGAAAUAUCUAUGGUUGACCCUAGAUGUGCGGAUGAAAGGACAGGACUUACUGUGGGAUUUGUGAAGAGACCAGCACUUUUUGCUGUAACGGAUGAUCUUCAAGUCACGCCAUUGACUUGUGCUUCAAGCAUUUCGUUUCUGCAAAAAUUGAAUACCCCUCUGAAUGAUUUGGAGCAGCAUGAGGUGAAAAUUGGUCCGAAUGAGGCUCUGAAUCUGUUGGGAGCAUCUUUGACAUCCAAAGCUGCAUUGACAAAUGGGCUUUUCCACCUCCUGAAGAAGCCGAAGGAAGAAGCCACGGCCUGAACAUUUUUGUCUCUGUAUAAGGGGCAUUCUAGGGCGUUUGUAAUGUAUUUUGAAUAUUUAAAAUCUGUGCCAGUUAUUAUGAACUUGAUGAGUGAAAAAAUAUUAGUCUCAGUAGAACAGCUGAUGUUAAAUUGGUCACAUUCCAAGAAAGUGAAUAGUUACAUGAGUCUCCAUUUGGCCAAAAGAGUUAAUAUGACUAACUGAUAGUAGCUUGAGUGA